AUGGAGAUAGAAGAGGUGAUUAUGGACAAAGCAGACUUGAUGGAGAUAAGACAGAUAUCUGGGGGUAGGUAUGAUCUGAGGAAGAGAACUGGGGCCAUGUGGAAGAGGACAGAACCAAGUCUGAGUCGGCUAAGAAGUGCACCUGAAGUAUCUGGGGAACCGCUUAGGGCUGUAUCUCUUAAAAGAAGCAGAGAGUUGGUGAUAUAUGAAGGAGGCCAGAAAGCUGAUGAUGCAGGAAAGCUGGGAUUUAUGGAUAGAUGGCACUUGGAAAAACCUGUUGGCACUAGAGGUGGGUUACUAUUACUAUGGGAUAAUUCUACUGAGGUGAGACAAAUUCUGGGGAAUGAGUUUUGCAUUCAAGUGGAAAUAAAAGGUGAAGGGGUCUCUGAUUGGUAUUGGAUGACUUUUGUGUAUAUGAGUACUGAUAGAAGGGAAAGGGAACACCAGUGGACCUUUUUGGAAGAUAGCAAGGAGCAAUGGGGUCCAUGUUGGUUAAUAGCUGGUGACUGGAAUGACAUUGUUGAUAAUGAGGAGAAAAGGGGUGGUGUGAGAAGGAGAAAUAGCAGCUUUGUGGGGUUUCAGGAGUUUAUUAUUAAUAUGCAGAUGCAAGAAGUGGAUCAACUGGGAUCUUUCUUUACUUGCGGGAAUAACAGAGAAGGGGAUGGCUAUGUGGAGGAGAGAUUGGAUAAAAUAUUUGUGUCCUUUGAGUUGGGGGCUAAAUUCCCCAACAUGGUGGCUUCAAAUUUCUACAGAUCAGCUUCUGACCAUAAUGUUCUUCUGUUUGAUACUGAUAAGGAGUUGGAAAGGAGACACAAAAGGUUCUAA